GUUGCUAGAAGACGUUUGGGGAAAGCGAACAACUUUAGUCAAAAAUGUUUCUCUAUUUUCUAAUUGCCUUGUGUUCGGCAAUUUUGUUCUAUUUCAAAUGGUCCUAUGGCCAUUGGCAACGUUUGGGCUUUCCUUGUGUUGAGGCCCAAAUACCAUUUGGAGUUUUGGAUCCCGUCAUCAGAACUUGGAAAAAGUCAGUGGGCAUGGCCAUUUAUGAUAUCUACACCAAAACCAAAGAGCAUAAAUUUGUGGGCAUCUAUUUGAUAAAUCGUCCGGCUUUAUUGAUACGCGAUGCUCAUUUGGCACGCAGUAUGUUAACCAAGGAUUUUGUCAGUUUUCAUGAUCGCGGUUUGUAUGUCGAUGAAGUGCAUAAUCCCAUGUCGGCGGGUUUAUUUUUCCUAAAAGGACAACAAUGGAAAUCUUUGCGAUCAAAGUUGACUCCUUCGUUUACUUCGGGAAAGCUCAAGUCUAUGUUUGGUACCAUCAAUGAGGUAUCCAGUCGAAUGGUUGAGCAUAUGCAAUGUAAGCUGCCGGAAGAUGGCAGUUAUAAGAGCAUAGAAGUUAAACAGCUAUUUGCGACAUAUUCCAUUGAUAUAAUUGCCUCCUCCAUAUUUGGCAUGGAGGUCAAUAGCUUUAAGGAUCCCCAAAAUGAAUUCUUUGCUGUGAGUCGAAAUGUCAAUGAGAACACAUAUAGCGGUGUAUUUCGAGGAACUUGUCAAUUUAUGUACCCAAGUUUAGAGAAAUUCUUUCAACGUCUGGGUUGGACAGAACCGGCUCCUGAUUCUAUGAAGAAACUUGUUCGCCAAACAAUUGAGUGUCGUGAAAAGCACAACAUAGUGCGUAAAGAUUUGCUGCAAUUGCUGUUGCAACUAAGAAAUACGGGAAAAAUCAAUGGCGAUGAUGAUGACGAAUGGUCGGCCAAGAAAACUAAAGAUGCUCUAGUUAACAUGUCUGUGGAAAUGAUAGCCGCACAAUUGUUUCUCUUUUAUGCGGCCGGUUUUGAGACCUCGGCUGCCACCACUGCCUUUACCCUCUAUGAGCUGGCUUUGUAUCCCGAAUGGCUACAAAAGGCCCAAGAAGAUGUUCAAAAUGCUUUGGAAAAACAUGGUGGCUGUCUAAGCUAUGAGGCUUUGAGUGACAUGAAAUUUUUAGAUUUAUGCAUAAUGGAGACAACACGCAAAUAUCCAGGACUGCCUAUCUUAAAUCGAGAGUGCACUCAAGAUUAUCCACUGCCCAACAGUGAUUUGGUGAUCAAAAAGGGCACACCCAUAAUAAUCUCUUUAUUUGGUAUACAUCGCGAUGAGGAAUAUUUCCCGGAUGCCUUGGGUUAUAACCCAGAGAGAUUUUUGAAUGAGGAUUAUGAGGCGGCAGCAUAUAUGCCUUUUGGCGAGGGGCCUAGACAUUGCAUAGCUCAACGCAUGGGAAAAUUAAAUGUCAAGGUAGCCAUAGCUCAAGUAUUAACCCAUUUUAAUGUGGACAUCAGCACCGAUCACAAAGAAAUUGAAUUUGAUAAUUUCGGCAUACCCAUUAUGCCAAAGGGUGGAGUACCAGUAAGACUAGCAAGAAAAGAAAAAGUCAUAGUAUCUUAG